AACAAUUGUGUUUCGGAAAUAAUAGUAAUCGACAUAAUCUUCAUACUCGGAUCGAUUAUUUGCAUAUAAUCGGCGAUAUUUCAUAUUUCCAAUGAUGGUAUUGUACUACACACAUAUGCACUCACAUAGCACUGGCGCGCAUCGAUGGGUGCAGCGCUCACAGAAACAUCUGGUUGGGCUUGAAGCACACACCAGGGGUCUACACUUGCGAAAUAUAUAAAAGUGCUUAGAAGCUCAUAGCAAAUCAGUAACAGUAUUACCUCCACAACGCAACACAGCGCAGAGCCUCGUAGUCCACAUACCAAAAAGUUUUUAAUAAAUUCUCAAACACAAACUCAAUUGGAAAACAAAAUGUUCAAAUUGCUCCUCAUCGUCACAUCACUUUUCGCCUUUGCUUACGCUGCUGGUGAUCCUGCAGAUACUCCCGCCACCAUCCUGAAGUAUGAGAAUGAAGUAAACCCCGAUGGCAGCUACAAUUACGCGUACGAAACGUCGAAUCUGAUUAAGGCGCAGGAGAGCGGUGUUGGGAGCUCGUAUGCCGCCGGCUCAUUCUCGUACACCUCGCCCGAGGGCCAGCCCAUCCAAUUGACUUACACAGCCGAUGAAAAUGGUUAUCAACCCAAAGGUGAUCAUUUGCCUACGCCGCCACCAAUUCCAGAUUACAUUCUGAGAGCGCUGGCUUACAUUGAAGCGCAUCCAUUCGAGAAGAUUCAGCUGCAAAAACGUGGAAGCAAAUAAGUUGAAUGUCUCGCCUCAUUUGCGUUUCUAGAAAGCGCAUUAGUAAGAAAUUAGCAAAUUUUCAUUUACUCACUGACAAAUAUCACUCAGGCAUAUAUAUACCAUAUACUUUUUAUAACACAUUAAUCACUGUUGAAAAGUUUUUUACUUACAUAUAAACAUAGAUAAUUGCAUUUGUAAAUUGUAAAUAAAAUUAUUACUGU